CAAACUUACUGUGAGAAGAAACGCUUUCCUGUGUGAAAGUGAGCAGAGCAGCUGAACGUGACACAAAAUAAUAGUCUACCUUCAAUCAGUCACGUAUUUUUAAGCUUUUAAAGACUUCACAGAUUCAACCGUCUCAGUCUGCAGGAGAAUCGACUUCAGUCACAGAAAAGACGGCUCCUUUUUCAGUGGAGACAAAAUGACAAAGAAGGUCCUCUUGAGCACUCUGGACAACCUCGGAGAAGAUGAAUUUAAGCGCUUCAAGUGGUUCCUGAAGGGUAAACAACAUAAAGACUCAACUAUCCCAUGGAGCAAGCUGGAGAAUGCCAGGACGUUGGACACACUCGAUCUGAUGGUCCAGACCUACACACUUCCUGGAGCUGUGAAGGUGACGAAGAAGGUUUUAAAGAAGAUCAACAGGAACGAUCUACUGCAGAGUUUGGAAGCAAAAGUGGAUGACGAUGAUGAAGACGCUGCCUCUGAAGCUGUUAUGGCUGCAGUUGAAAUGUUCUUGGAAAUGCUGGAUGAAGUGGAGGAUGAUGAGUAUUAGGAGGAUGAAGAAUCUGAAAUCUGACAAGAAUCUGAAAUAUCACACACACACACACAAAAUGGAUAUUGACAUUGUUCUAUUGCUGUUGUGUAAUUUUGCAAUAUUGAUUCUUUUCCAGUUUUCUAAAUGUUUUCAAAAUAUUUUCAAAAUGUUAAUGUUGAAAAAGUGAAAAAUAAAAAUAUUUCAUACAUGUUA